GCUGGUGAUCACAGGUUUCAGGUCUCCAUCAACACCUCCUCAGGACACGAAAAAAUCAACAUAACUUUUCAAAAUGACUGCUGAUUAUAACGGUUACUGGAAAAUGAUCUCCAAUGACAACUUUGAAGAGUAUCUCAAAGCUCUCGAUGUUAAUGUUGCUAUCAGGAAAAUUGCUGUCUUGUUAAAACCUGAUAAAGAUGUUACCCAGAAUGGAGAUCAUUUUGACAUCAAGACUAUCAGCACAUUCAAGAACUAUGACAUGAACUUUGUGGUUGGUCAGGAGUUUGAGGAAGACCUCAGUGCAGUUGAUGGCAGGAAAUGUAUGACCACCAUCAGCUGGGAUGGAGACAAGCUGGUGUGUGUACAGAAAGGAGAGAUUGAAGGCAGGGGCUGGACCCACUGGAUUGAUGGAGACGAACUUCACUUGGAGCUGAGAGCAGCUGGUGUUGUGAGCAAGCAGGUCUUCAAGAAGUCUUAAGCCUACACUGUAUAGUAGGGCCCCCUUCUGGAGAAGACACUGAAAUCACCCUGCCCAAAGCUGUCUAUCCAUUCACCCAUUCUUUCAUUCAUCAGUCUGCUUGUCCUGUAGUAUUCCAACACCCCCAAGUGUGCCUUUCUAGAUAGAAAUAUAAAUAUCCAUCAACAGACAAAGCUUGUUCUAGAUUAAGCAAUUCAUUUUGUUGUUAUCUUGGAAGCCUAUCAAAUUUAUGUGAGUUGGAAAGAUGAUGUGAGAGUUUGUUGCUGGUCUGCUGCAUUUCUUAAAGAGUAUAUUGAUACACUCAGACAUGGCACAAAUGUGUGGGCUCUUGAGUGUGCCCCUGUUGAAACCCAAUCAAUGACAAAUAAAGAUAAUUGAAUUA